AUGCUGCGCAUUUGGGGAGGUGGAAAGUACGAAGAUGACGCUCUCUACCAGAUCGCCGACGAGUAUGGCAUCUUUCUCUGGCACGACAUGAUGUUCGCCUGUGCACUCUACGAAACCGAUAAAGCCUUCCUCGAGUCAGUGGCGGUGGAGGUGACGCAGCAGAUUCGCCGUCUUCAGCACCACCCUUCCAUUGCCAUCUGGGCAGGCAACAACGAAAACGAGGUCGCCAUCGCUACUGGCUGGUGGAAGAAGGAGAUGAAGGAGGCGGACCUGCCUCGAAAAAUAAAAAAAAUUUACCGCACCUGGUCAGAUUUAGGUAUCCCCGGACCAAAGCCACGGUUUCUGAUUGGCAACGGCCUGGACAUCAUCCGGAACAGUCGAGCCGAAAUUGACAGCAAAUGGGCACGUCAGUACGGUAGCAUCUACGGCUACUACAUGGGCGUCUUUCCAAAUCUGGUCAUUACCGAUCCGGAGCUGGUGAAGCAGGUCUUUGUGAAAGAUUUUCCCCACUUUGUAAAUAGACUCCGCCUGAACGCCUACCACGAACUGUGGAACACCAACCUGCUGCUGGCUGAGGAUGAGGACUGGAAGAGAAUACGAACUAUUGUCACGCCGGCAUUCACCUCCGGCAAGCUGAAGUCAAUGCAAGGUCUGAUGAGCCAGUGCAUUGAAAAGCUGUCGACGUACCUGAACAAGGUGGCGGCGAAAGAGGGCGGCGGCAUCAUCACCGACACGAAGCAGGUCUUCAGCGGCUUCGCCAUCGACAUCAUCGCCUCGACCUCUUUUGGAACUGAGACCAACGCCAACGGCGACCGCGAGACGGAGGAUCCGCUGGUGCACAACGGGCGAGAGCUUUUCAAAGUUCGACCGCUGCAAACCUUUACGGCGCUCGCCCUGCCCCGGUGGUUUAACAACCUGGUGGGCAAUAAGACGCUCUUCAGGUUGGCGCCCUUUGAGUUUUUCAUCUCGCUGAUGCGCGAGAUAGUGAAGCAGCGCAAAGGCCACCAGAAAACGAAAACGAGACCCGAUCUGGUGCAGCUGAUGAUCGACGCGGCCGUCGACGAGCAGGCGAUGAAGGAGGUGAAGUUUGAGCAGCUGGCGGCCUCCAAUGAAGAGGGCGAGGAGACCGUUUUUUCGAGCAGCGGAAAACAGAAGUCGACGCUAAGCGACAAUGAGAUCAUCGCCAGCAGCAUUCUCUUCUUCAAUGCCGGCUUCGAGACGACCAGCGGCACCAUUGUCCACUGCUGCUUCGAAAUGGCGAAGAACCCCGAGGUGCAGGAGCGACUCUACCAGAAGAUUGUCGCUGCCACCGAGGGCCUGGAGCCUCGGUCUGAGGAGUUCUUUGACGUGGUCGUCAACCGCCUGCCGUACCUCGAAGCGACUAUCAUGGAGACGCUUCGCCUGUACCCGCCCAUUGCCAUUCUCCUUCGACGACUUAAAACCGACGGCUACGUUCUCGCCGGCCACCGACUGCCAUUUGACACGACGGUUGAGGUGGCCACCUACUACAUUCACCACAAUGAGGCCUACUAUCCGGACCCAGAGUCGUUUCAACCGGAGCGAUUUCUGCCCGAGAACAAACACAAACUGGUUCCGUACACCUUUUUGCCUUUCGGAAGUGGUCCACGCAACUGUGUUGGAAUGCGAUUUGCCCUGCAGGAAAUCAAAUUGUGCUUUGCGACUAUUCUGAAACAGUUCCGAUUUGAGCGUGCUCCCGGCACUCCUGAUGCAAUUGAGUUUGGCAAAGGAGCGCCGCUUUUGCUCUCAAAAACGUUUCCUCUAAAAAUUGUUAAACGACAAUAG